AUGGCUAUAAAAGGCACGAUGAUGGAAGAUGUCUCGGGGUCCUUUGGAGAGGCAUUGGGCCAAAUACCUAGCAUGCUCAGUCCAACCACCUUACCCGGCCCUCUUAGCAACGGCGCUUUUCUAAGCAACGCGCCUACACUUGUUGAGAAGAGAAUGUUCUGCGAACCCGACGGCAUGACGUUAGUGCUUGGAAAUGAGACAACGGCCUUUGAAGGACGAAUAUUCGUUCGAGGACAAGCUGAAAAUCCUUACUGUGCCAAAACGUUCUCACCAUUACAGCACGCCUCUAAACCGUACAUGUUCAAAGUUCCAUUUGAACAUUGUAAUGUUCGACUGGAAGAUCACGAUACUUUCGCAACAACUGUAAUUGUCCAAAAACAUCCGAUGUUCAUCACAACAGCUGCCGAUGCUUACGAUCUCAGAUGCACGUAUCCUGUUGGAGUUCGAGAGGUAUCGCAGAGCUGUGAAUCAAAUGUGAACGUAUCUGACUUGACGACGUCUUCAACACUCACCGAUAACGCUCAUGGUCCCAGCUGCCGCCUAACUGUCACUAACGAGGCUGACGAGAGCAUCGCCGCGGCCGUUGUCGGGCAAGCUCUACGCCUUCGUCUUGAAGUUACGCCCAACGUUGUUUCACAGCAAAAGACAAAGAUCUCGCUCCCAGCUGGACGGAAACCGUCUUCAGGGUUUGAAGAUCAGAUGAACUGUGGUCGUCGACGAGCAGCCGCGAUGAGACGAUUCCGUUUCCGACGUGUCCGCGACGUCAAAAAUGGAACCGCUAUCGAAGAACGGCCCACCGAUGCUGAUUACGACGAAGACGACGAGGAAAAGGAGCUUCUCAAAAAGAUUAUUGAUCCGAAACGGUUAGCUUUCUCGUCGUUGGUGAGAGUUCGUGAGGAUGAAGAAGAGGAACGAGCUCAACAGCAAGUCGUUCUGAACUAA